UGGGAUUGUCCCACAGCUUGUCUAGGUAUAAGCUGAAGUUCAGCCCUGAGAAGGUUGAUACAAUUAUCAUUCAAGCCAUUGGAUUAUUGGAUGAUCUUGACAAGGAGCUUAACACUUAUGCCAUGAGAGUUCGUGAAUGGUAUGGCUGGCACUUUCCAGAGCUCACCAAAAUAGUUAUAGAUAAUAUACAGUAUGCCAAAGUUGUGAAGAUGAUGGGCAACAGAGUUAAUGCAGUCAACCUUGACUUCUCUGAGAUAUUGUCAGAUGAAGAGCUAGAAACACAGCUAAAGGAGGCAGCAGUAAUAUCCAUGGGAACAGAAGUUAGUGACCUUGACUUAUCGAAUAUCAGAGAGCUAUGUGAUCAAGUGCUGGCCCUUUCUGAGUACAGAGCCCAGCUGUAUGACUAUUUAAGAAGCAGGAUGAACACUAUUGCACCAAAUUUGACAGCACUGGUGGGUGAAUUAGUUGGCGCUCGCCUUAUUGCACAUGGUGGAAGUUUGCUAAAUUUGGCCAAGCAGCCUGGUAGCACAAUUCAGAUACUUGGUGCAGAGAAGGUUUGUUUACUUGUGAAUGGAUGA